AUGGCUCGAGCUACAAUCGCCAUAGACUUUCUGGCUAUCAUCGAUACCUAUAGGCGUACCCAGGCCAAACUGGAGAAGAGUCAAGGCAAGAUACAGAAGGAGACAGUGAAUAUGUUGAUUAUCAAUGAAGAGCUUGUGCUGGCCGAGCUGGAUAGAUACGAUGCUAGCAUUCUUGCUUGA